AUGGAGGCACGCGGGGAGCUGGGCCCGGCCCGGGAGUCGGCGGGCGGCGACCUGCUGCUGGCGCUGCUGGCUCGAAGGGAGGACCUGCGCCGAGAGAUCCCGCUGUGUGCCGGCUGUGACCAGCACAUCCUAGACCGCUUCAUCCUCAAGGCCCUGGACCGUCACUGGCACAGCAAGUGCCUCAAGUGCAGCGACUGCCACACGCCGCUGGCUGAGCGCUGCUUCAGCCGCGGCGAGAGCGUCUACUGUAGGGAAGACUUCUUCAGGCGCUUCGGGACCAAGUGCGCCGCAUGCCAGCUGGGCAUCCCGCCGACGCAGGUGGUGCGCCGCGCCCAGGAUUUCGUCUACCACCUGCACUGCUUCGCCUGCGUCGUGUGCAAGCGGCAGCUGGCCACGGGCGACGAGUUCUACCUCAUGGAGGACAGCCGGCUCGUGUGCAAGGCGGACUACGAGACAGCCAAGCAACGGGAGGCGGAGGCCACAGCCAAGCGGCCGCGCACGACCAUCACGGCCAAGCAGCUGGAGACGCUGAAGAGCGCCUACAACAACUCGCCCAAACCGGCGCGCCACGUACGCGAGCAGCUCUCGUCCGAGACCGGCCUGGACAUGCGCGUCGUGCAGGUUUGGUUCCAGAACCGCAGGGCCAAGGAAAAGAGGCUGAAGAAGGACGCUGGCCGGCAGCGCUGGGGGCAGUAUUUCCGCAACUUGAAGCGCUCCCGCGGGAGCUCCAAGUCGGACAAGGACAGCGUCCAGGAGGAGGGGCAGGACAGCGACGCAGAGGUCUCCUUCACUGACGAGCCGUCCAUGGCGGAAAUGGGCCCCACUAAUGGCCUCUACGGCAGCCUGGGGGAGCCCGCCUCUGCCCUGGGCCGGCCCUCAGGGGCACCUGGCACCUUCGCCAUGGAGCACGGAGGCCUGGCAGGCCCAGAGCCAUACCGUGAGCUGCGUCCUGGCAGCCCCUUCGGCGUUCCUCCGUCUCCGGCUGCCCUGCAGAGCCUGCCUGGCCCGCAGCCCCUGCUCUCCAGCUUGGUGUACCCAGAUGCUGGCUUGGGCCUUGUGUCCACGGGGGCCCCAGGAGGGCCCCCACCCAUAAGGGUGCUGCCGGGGAAUGGACCCAGCUCCGACUUGUCCACAGGGAGCAGUGGGGGCUACCCUGACUUCCCUGCUAGCCCUGCUUCCUGGCUGGACGAGGUGGACCAUGCUCAGUUCUGACCAAGGCCUCAGCUCCUCCGGGCACCAAGCUGAGGGCCCCUGGCACCGGCUACACGCUCAGCUCCACUCCUGAAGCCUGGACCACAGGCGUGGCCCUCAGGCGGCUAAGGGAGGAUGUCAUGGGCUCUGUAAGCGGAGCUGCCCCACUCCUGGCCCGCAGCCAUGGCAGGCUCCUCCUUGGACUUGGGUGGCCCCCCGGUGG